UCCACUCGCGCGCGCUGGUCUGCGCUGACUGGCGGGCAAAACAACAAAACACACGUGAUAAAUCGCUGGUUGAUCGACUACAACCCUCAGUGGUUGGCUAACAUCACAAGUUGAUCGACUACAACCCUAGCAACCCUACAGGUUGGCUAACAUCGCUGGUGAUCGACUAACCACUGACUUGCGGGAUAAGAUAACGCAACUAAAAACAAAACCAAUCAAACUGCACCACUGAGUAUUUGAUUGUGCAAUGGGAAUUACAACCAGUUCUAAAAACAGACCCUUGUGUCGUGCUACUAUGGAUACAUGUCUCAGGAUGGAUACAGUAGUUUCAGACUGGAUAUAAUAGUCUCAGAUUGGAUAUAUUAAAUUUCAGAUUGGAUAAUCUCAGACUGGAUACAAAAUGGAUGCUAUAGUGUAUUUGGUCUGAGGUCUCAAACAAAACUAAAAAAAAAAAUCUAGAUUAACAUUUUGUAUUGUGUUAGCUACGGUUGUUUACAAAAAAAUAAACAUCUGUCUUACAGUUGUGAUUAACGUCAGCCUAUUUUCAUAAGGUUACCUCUCGUGAGUAAUGAAUUCCUUCCCUUGGCUAACCAGACUGCUAGGAACUUGAAUGCAAUCAAAUGGAGGAGCGUCCCCACACUGCCUCCUUUUCUAACCAAGGAAAGUGUUCCGAGCUUCUAGACCCCAGUUCUAACAUGUCGCAGAACUCUGAAUCCGCGGACGUGUGUCGUCACGAGGAAGCAGCCGAGGACUUGUCCCCGGUACCUGUCAAGACGUCCCGCUUGGUUCUGGAAUCUUCCAGUGUCGGCACCAGAGCUCCCUGCAGCCUUGACCCCAGCCCUGGACACCAGGGUUCUUGUGAUAUCCCGAGCUCUGUAUCUCCGACAGUGGAGAGCUCGACCUCUAACGGGACGCCACGUGACAAGGUCAAGCUGACCAACCCGCAGCACGUGUCUGCUGUACCGGCAAGUUCGCCUCCAAAUUUUUUAUCUGUACCUGCCAAGUCGACCUCUCCACGUGUAAAGUCGCCUGCAUGCAGGGGCAGCCUGCCAUCGCCUGCCUGCAGGAGCAGUGUCGCCAUCAAAACAGAGCCCCAGGAUGACAUCAAGGAGUACGUGGAGACGACGAUGAACGAACUGCUGGGCUGGUACGGUCUGCCCAAGAUGGACAAGACCGACACGCCUCAGUUGUCUCUUGAUUACUCAACCAACCAGGCUCUGGUCGAUCGGAGAGUUCCGGAAACUGGAUCCGGGAAUUCCGUAUCCAAAAGCAGGAGCAGGGAGGGGAGGUCCGAGGAGAGGGGGGAGGUGGCCAAGACGGCGGAGGCUAACGACACCAACAACAACAGCAGCAGCUGUGGAGCAGACGACGAGGGCGACGAGAUGGAUGAGGACGGGGAGGAGUUCAACGACGACCUGGACGAUUUGCGGGAUUCCGGAAGUGACGUCAGUGGAUUGGUGUCGCCAGCUCUAACCACUUGUGCAGACGAGCCAGGCAAAGAGCGAGGGGCCGUGAUCGUCUGCUCCUGGUGCCACAAGAAGGGGACCAAACUCUGCACGCUGGGCACCCAGUCGGGGAUCAAAUCCUUCUGCAGCGAACUCUGCUUCACCCAGUGCCGGAGGGCGCUCUUCAAGAAGAACAAGCAGCUAGAACUCCCUAUGACGCAAAUCUGCGACUGGUGCAAGAGCCUGAAGCAGACGGUCAACUUCGUGGACUUCCAUGACGGGGACGUACAGCUCCAGUUCUGCAGCGAGAAGUGCCUGAACCAGUACAAGAUGAACGUCUUCUGCACGGAGGCCAGGCAGCACCUCCAGCAGAUCGUGGCUGGGGACGAGGACAAAAGCUCGGGGGACCCCAGAGUCCAGCCCAGCCAGGGCGAGAUCCUGAUCACCCCCGACCUCUGGCUCUCUAACAACGCCAACCCCGGGGUCAGGGUCAAGGAGGAAGUGGAGGAGAGGAGCGAGGGAGGGGGUAGACAGGGGAGGGGAGAGGAGGAGGAGCCAGGAGAGCUGAGGGAUAAAAGGUCGUCCCUGACUGAGACCAACAUGAGAACAGCACACAGCGACGACAGCAGCUGUUCUGUUGAAGACAGGAUGGGCUUAAAGACACUUCCGGUGCUGUCUCAGAGACAUGACGUCAUGAGUAGGGUAACAUCUAAGCCCCUUGAGAAGCUUAACUCAUGUGAUAACCGCUACCGACGAGACCGGAUUAAAAAACUUCUCUUAGACGGUAAACCCGCGGAGUCCGGUACCUCGGGGGUGGGGAGGAAGGAGAAAGUGAAGCACGCCCCACCACAGCGGGCUGCCAACCCCCCGCCCCAGCGGGCUGCCAACCCCCCGCCCCAGCGUGCUGGCAACGUCCCGACAAUUCUGAGCCCCACAGACGGUACCGAGAACACCGCGCCACAGACUCUGCUGCCCAACUGGGCCACGUCACAGUUGCUAGCCAUGAUGCCGCCACACGUUGGUCUGGCAUCCGGUAACCCUCUCAGGUACGGUGCCAGUCCCCUGCUCUACCCCCGCUUCCUCUCCCCCAACCGGCAGGGUGAGGGCAGCAAAGACACCCCCAGCUCGAGUCAAGUCAAGUCCAGACACGAGUCGAGACGGGAACUGUUGCGGGACAGGGACAGGAGCGGAGAGAACGGCCACACGGAGAGAAAGCGGGAGAGUACGGAGAGAAGCGCCAUCCCCCCCUCUCCAGCCACCUCCCAUUCUUCAGCCGACACCCCCGGGCCGGCCCACACCUUCCCCCACCACGGGCUGAAUCCAAAUAUUCUUCACGACUUCCCGCGCCACCUGCCCCCCACCUUCCUGCUGGGGGACGUGCACCAGCAGCUGCCCGUGCACCCCUACUUCUCAGACCCGGCCCUGUCCAACAUGUUUCACCUGCCCCUGGCCUACAACCACAUGCACGGGCUACGCUCAGCUUUCCCAGUCAGUCCACCCUCCCCCCUCCCAUCCACGUCUGCCCACCCAGCCCCCAGACAACCAGCGCCCUCCCAGCAAGUCCCCCUCUUCCCUCAAACCUCACCCCCUGUCACAGUUCUAGUCCCCUACCCUGUAGCCGUCCCCAUCCCCAUCCCUAUUCCCAUCCCACUUCCUAUAAGCCCAGAAAAACUGUUUGCGUUCUUCAAAGAAAAAUCAGAGUCCGCUAAAGCCACUACAGCCAGCACUGUUGCGGGGAGCUCGCAUCAGGCGACCAUGGACCAGACGACCUUGAGCCAGACGACCUUGAACCAGACGACCUUGAGCCAGACGACCUUGAACCAGACGACCUUGAACCAGACGACCUUGAACCAGACGACCUUGAACCUGGACGAGAGCAGCAUGGACGUGAAGCCCAGCCUCCCCCAAGAAGUUCCCCAUAGAACAGCCAGUGCAAGCCUGGCCAUGAGCCCCGUCGUGUCCCCCCGCCAGACCUCCAAAUGCCCGUCCGUCGGGUGCCUACCCGUCGGGCCCCACCCAGCCCUCCUCGACUCCCCAGAGGCCGGGGUGGUCCUCCACAACGGGCGUGACUCAGCUGACUCCAUCAUGACUCUGCGUCGUGAGAUCGGGAGGUCUCAGCUCAAGGCUGCCUCCACCUCCCCCUGCUCCUCCCGGUUGAAGCUAACAUACUCCCCCAACCUCCCCUUCACCCUGGACUUGUCCAAGAGAUCUCGCCGCGAGAGUCUCUCGUCCAACAACGAUGACGAGGCCAUUGACCUGAGCAAGAUGUCCACACGCUCCGAGUCCCCGCGGUGCUCCGUGGACAGCACGGAGAAGGUCAGCAGCUCGCGGGGCAAACACCUGGCCUUGAGUGACGGCGACACCUCGUCCCUCCCCCAGAACCUGAAGGUGCCCAGAAUCCACAUCAUCUCUGACCCGGCCGACCCCCCUCUCAGCCAGCCGCCCGUCAGCCUCCCCCCGCCCCCGGAGCUGUCAAGCUACUCCAGCAGACGGAGCCGGAUCCUGGACGCGCCCUGCGUGCCCAAGAAGUCCAGGAGUCCGUCGCCAGAGAGGCGCUACAUCAGGACAGUCCCCCGGGACAUGGUGGAGGCCGCCAGAAGGAGGGGGCUCAGGGCGCGGGUUAGAACCAAGUAGCCGCCACAGGGGGGCGCGGGUUAGAACCAAGUAGCCGCCACAGGGGGCGCGGGUUAGAACCAAGUAGCCGCCAUAGGGGGGCGCGGGUUACAACCAAGUAGUCGCUACAAGAAGGCGCCACAAAGUGACCUAGGAAUCAUGUGGUAACCAUAGACGUAUGAGCUCGAUGCUGCAAUAACAUAAGCUAAUCAAUUUUUCCUUUGUAUAUGACAAUAUGAUAAACAUUUGCAUUUGUGUGGACACUAUUGUGUUGACUUUGAACCAGUUAUAAGUAUUAAUUUAUAAACAAUUUCAAAUGUGCAAUAUUCCACAACCAAAAAAUGAAUGUGCUUUUUUUAAAAAAAUAAUUUCCCUAUCCUUAAAGAAAUAGUUGAAUUGUACAAAAAACUUGGUGUUGAGACGAAAUAUUUUCAAUAGAAGGAUCAGCCAUUAUUUCUAAUUACAUCAGUGUAAAUUCUUUGAGUAUUAAUAAUUAACUUUUAUUUUUAAUUCUAAAAACGGCAUUUUUUUUUUAUAAAUUAAAAUCUUCUAGAGACCGCGUUAUUAUUUAUCCAGGGCAUUGAAUGGACCAAGGGAAACAAUGCAUUAAACUAAGAAAAUUUAGAAUUCCUGAGUUAUCGAACUUGGUUCUGUAGUUAUAUUUGCAGUAGAGGGCAAAGUGAAACAAGGUUUAGUAGUACGCAGUUGUUUUGUUUCAAAUAGAUUAGCGCUGAAUUUCGUAGUUUUAAUUACUGGCAUUUAAUUAUUUUGUGUACAGGUACAAGAAGCGUUUGAAUCAGCUGUACAUUUUCGUGAAUAACAUGUGAUAUUAACUUG